UUCAAGCUGUGAAACUUCUCAUCAAUUUGUUAGAGAUAACCAUUCAAACUCACUCCUCUUUGGCUCUUUCUAUCACUUAAAUCAAAUACAGAAAUGGGAAUUCGUAUGCCUUCGCUUCUCCUUAAUGCCAAGCAAAUAUUCAGAAUGCAAUCUGUUUCAACAAGAUGUCAUUCCAACAUUCCCAAAGGUCACAUUGCAGUUUACGUGGGCGAGAUUGAACGGAAGCGAUUUGUGGUGCCGGUAUCAUACUUGAACCAUCCUACAUUUCUAAGUUUGCUCAACAGAGCUGAAGAAGAGUUUGGAUUCAACCAUCCAAGUGGGGGUUUGACAAUUCCCUGCAAAGAAGAUGCCUUCAUUGAUCUCACUUCAAAAUUGCAUACCUCUUGAAAAGUAGAACAAACAAAAGCUACAAUUUCCAACCAAAAGAGUGGAACAAUUUUACCAACUUCUCUUUUCAUUCUUGUUUAAAGAGAAUCAAAGUAGAAUACCAUUGUAUAUUGAUUUUCUGUAUAAAUAUUAGAGCAAAUACAAACAAACAACAAAUUCAUACAAAAUCAGCUCAGGCUCCAUGAUGAUUUAGUGUUC